GUCGAGGGAGCCCGGGAAGCGCGAGCCGAGAGGCCCCGGGCGGGCGGUCGCCGGCUCCCACGCUGCCGCCCCGCAGUUGCCAGGACACCGGGUAACGGACCCGGCGGGCCUCGCCGCCGCUGCCGCGGGGUGGGCAGGUGGGCGCUGGGGGCCAGGACGCGGCGGCAAGAAACGAGCGGAGCCGGUUUGAAAAUACUGCUUAGAAACUAUGCCUGAAAAUAAGACAAUUCCUUCUUGUUCUCCUGGAGGUGAUCAAACCAAGAAAGACAAUGCCACAUCACAAGCAUUGGUGCUAUUUGAUGGCCCCAAGGAAGCUGUUGAGAUUUUUCAUGAAAAUAAAAUGACAAAUACUGAAGGGGUGAAUAAAGGCAUUUACUUUAGCUACCCAAGUCGACGUCACAGUUGUGCUUUAGUAAACAUCCCGGCACCAUGUGUCAACAAAAUGAUUUCACAUAUUCAAGAUGUAGAGUCUAAAAUACAGGAGCAUUUGAAACGGUUGGAAACUGCAUAUGAAGAAUGGAGCAUAACUUCUUCCACAACAGUUCUGAAAGAAGACUGGAGUUCAAGUAUUGCUUUAGCAGUGAAAGAGGUCAAAACUGCAGAAUUGGGAGAUGAAAAGUGUCCAAAAUUAAAGCAGGAAAUAGAAACACUGCUGUCUGAGGCCAUCCAUCUCAUUAAAAGUUUAGAAACUGACCGUGCAGAAGCUGAAGAAGCUUUAAAACAACAAAGAUUAAGAAAGAAAAAGAUUAACAUGCAAAUUGAUUCUUGGUCAAUCUGGAGACUUCAAGAACUCCCCUCAGCUGUGCAGAAAGAACAUGAGGCCCAUGUGAGAGAUAUUAUAGAAUUACGAUGGCAUCUUGAAGAUAAUGCCCAUCAACUAAAACAAACUGAGGAACAAAAGAUACAAUUAGAAGAAGUUAAUGCAAAGAUUCAAGCAGACAUAGACUACAUGAAUAAAUAUGGCCCAUUACUUGACUUGAAGAUGAACCAAGAACUUGAAGCUCUGAAGGAACGUUUCCAAAAAAAAUUUGAGAUAAUGGAACUAUACAAACAAGCUCGUGGAGAACUUGAAGAAGCUAUAGAAAGCUGCAAAAAUGCAAAAGUGAAGGCUAAACAAAUUAAAGAUCACAUGGAAAUAGACCUUAAAAGUGAUGAAACAAGCAUAGAAGUCUUCAAGAGAGAAAUAGAGAAACUUAAAAAUAUGUAUCAUCACUACUGUUCAUCAGUACAAAAUGCUAAUAUGAAUAUUGAGGAAAAUGAAGAGGCAGUGACUGAAGCAUUGAGGGAAAAAAAGUCAUCAACAGAACAAUUAUCUGCUUUAUCAAGAACGCUAGAUGAUUUGAAAAAGGCUUAUGAACAACUAGCGUGGAAGAAGAAAACUUUUGAAAAUGAAUAUAUGGAAGCACUUAAUAAUUUUUAUACUACAAAAUCCACAUGGGAAACACAGCUAACUAAUGUUUCAAAAGAUUUUUCAGAUGUUGCAAGAAUAUAUAUGCAAUUGAUGGAAGAAAAUAGAAAAUUUAGGAAGGAUAUUGAAAUUUUAGUAGAUAACAUCAAUGAAAGUAUAAAUACAAAAGCAGAUCAUGAGGCUGAAAUACAGUCUUUGCUGAGACAGAAGUCAAAAAAUAACGAAUAUCUUAAAGAACUAUACAAGGAGGCUUAUAACAUUGGUGCUAUUUUCCACCUUACCAAGUUUAAAGCAGAAGAAAUGGAAGAGAAAAUAGCAGAAGUGAGAAGAAAAUACAAGGGUAGAGAAGAAUUCUUGAAAAAACUCACUCGAAGUCAAGUGUCUACUUUAAUGGUGAUUCAGAAAAGACUAUAUGCUAUACAAGAAAUGCAGGCAAAGGAGAUGCAAGAACUUGAAGAAAAGAAAGCAAUAUAUGCCCUAGCAUUUUCAGAAAUCGAAACACCUCUGCUUCAACUGGAAGAAGAUGCUGUCAGAAUCAGAGCUACCCACGAGCAACAUUUUCAUACACUUAAUGAUAUGAUCAAGAAGAAAGAAAAUAUUAGAAGAAACGUAGAAAGAACAAAGAGAAAAUUGCGAAAAAGGGGGAGGAAAAACCACAAUGUACUAAUAGAAACUGAGGAAAAACUCUCAACAAUUUUUAAAGAAGUAGAGGAUACUAAAACUAAAACAAUUAUUUUACAAGACAAAAUAAGUCAGUUGGAUGAGGAAUUGAAAUCAAAAGAAGAAGACAAAAAUAUAUUGGAUCAGAUACUUGAAACUUUAAAGGAAAAAUUUUUAACUAUGAGAUAUAAAAAAGAGCAUGCACAAGCUGUGUUUGAUCAGUACAUCAGUGAGAAAAAAGCCUGUGAAGAGAGACUCUAUGAAGAACGACAGAGAUUUAUAGUGCUCCAUUCCAUGAGGCUAAACACUCUGGCAGAAAUUCAAAGAGCACAUGAUGAUUCACUAGAAAAAAAUCUUCGUUUAGCUCAAGAGUAUCAGAAGACACAGGAUGCAUUCUUAACAGAAAAGGACAAUUACUUCAAUAUGUAUGAUAGACAGUUAUCACUUGAAGCUUCAAUUAGAGAUAAGAAACAGCUCUGUCAGCUGCAAAGAAGGAUACACAAGGUAUGGCAGAAGCACUUCCAAUUGGUGGCCCUCUACAGCCGGAUGAGGCUGGCCAAGUUCCAGGCAGACUCUCAGGAGAGUAUUCAGAAAAUAUUAGCUGUGCAGGAGGAAUCUUCCAAUUUAAUACAACACAUCUUAACUUUCUUCCAGUCUUUGACAGACGGCUUAAGUGAAAAUGUUGGUUAAGUAAACAACUAAUGUAUCUUGGAUACUAAAAUAAAAGACAAGAAAAGUCACACAGUUCAGAUAACAGUGUAAUUGGACAUUCACCUGUUUGCCAUUUCACACUUCCACGGACGAAAAACUCACUCACCUCCCAGCAUGCUUUGCCACUCUU